AUGAGUGAUAUUGGGCACAUACUUGGAAAUCAUACUGAAGUAACCUUCUUCAUUUUUCGAGGCUUCUCUGGCUCAGUUCCACUACAACUAUUUUACUUUUCUAUUCUUUUGGUUAUAUACAUGUUAACACUUGUAACCAACCUUCUCAUAAUUAUCACAGUGUUAGUAGAGUCUCACCUUCACCUUCCGAUGUACUUCUUCCUCAGUAAUUUUGCUGUGUUGGAUACUUGGUGCUCAACGGCUGUUGUUCCUAAAACAUUGAAUUACCUCAUCACACAAGACAGGACCAUUUCACGAAUGGGUUGUUUGACUCAGCUCUGCUUUGUCUUUUCUGUUGGGCCUACUGAGUUUUUCCUUCUCACUGUCAUGGCUUAUGACAGGUAUGCAGCAAUCUGCAGCCCACUACGUUAUUCAUAUAUUAUGAAUGAAAGAAUAUGUAAUUAUCUGGCUGUUGGAUCUUGGAUGAGUGGAUUUUUUACUGGUUGGACAUUAACAGUUCCAAUUGCUAUGUUACAUUUUUGUGGGCCUAAUGUCAUCAAUCAUUUUUUCUGUGAUUUUGUCCCUCUGGUAAAAAUAUCCUGUUCAGACACAUCGGUUAGUGAAACUAUUUUCUUCGCUUUUGCCUGGGUGGUGGUGCUCAGCUCUUUCAGUUUUUCGACUAUCUCUUAUUCAUUCAUAAUCAAGACCAUCCUCAAAAUUCCAUCCAGUCUUGGGCGCCAAAAAGCUUUCUCUACAUGUGCAGCACACUUGACUGUAGUCAUAAUAUUUUAUGGUACUUGUGUCUUUUUGUAUGUACGGCCAAGAGCCUCCUAUUUGUCUGACAAAGAUAAAAUUUUAUCUCUCUUUUAUUCUGUCAUAACUCCAUUUUUAAAUCCUCUCAUAUACACACUCAGAAACAGAGAAUUCAAGCAAGCAUUAAAGAAGGUGCAAGGAAAAAUGACUAAUUCUUUUUAUUUUAAGGUCUAG